CAUCCGAAACACUGUAGAUUAUUUUUCGUUCAACGUUAUCUUGUGUACCUCUAAAUUCUAACUUCCAUCCAAAAAUAUUUCACACAAAAAUUGAAAAAUAAACAUGGCAUCCACCACUUUAAGCCGGACUGUCCACACCCUCAGCCUCGGCUACUCCAAACCUCAGCCUCGUAAAUCUUCCCCCUCUCACAGGACUCAAGUCCGCUGCGAAUCAGUCGCAGCUGGAAACCGUCAGCAACUAAUAACCACCGUUAGAAACGGAAAUGAUUCACUUGAGAUAUGCAGAGUACUUAACGGAAUGUGGCAAACCAGUGGCGGUUGGGGCAAAAUUGACCGUGAUAACGCCGUUAACGCUAUGCUUAGUUACUCCGAUUCCGGUUUAUCCACUUUCGAUAUGGCUGAUCACUAUGGACCUGCAGAAGAUUUGUAUGGAUUAUUUAUCAAUCGUGUCCGCAGAGAACGUCCACCUGAGUAUUUGGAAAAAGUGAAAGGUCUUACCAAAUGGGUGCCACCACCAGUUAAAAUGACGAGUGAUUAUGUCCGGAAAAACAUUGAUAUUUCACGAAAGAGAAUGGAUGUUGCUUCUUUAGACAUGCUUCAGUUUCAUUGGUGGGAUUACUCCAAUAAGGGCUAUCUUGAUGCCCUUAAAAAUCUUACGGAUUUAAAAGAAGAAGGUAAGAUUAAGACAGUAGCUUUGACUAACUUUGAUACAGAGAGGUUACAGAUUAUAUUGGAAAAUGGGAUUCCAAUUGUUAGCAAUCAGGUUCAACAUUCACUUGUUGACAUGCGACCUCAACAAAAAAUGGCAGAACUUUGUCAGCUGACUGGUGUAAAACUUAUAACGUAUGGGACAGUAAUGGGUGGAUUAUUAUCCGAGAAAUUCUUGGAUACCAACUUAUCGAUCCCAUUUGCUGGACCUCCACUCAACACUCCUUCCCUACAGAAGUACAAAAGGAUGGUUGAUGCAUGGGGUGGAUGGAGUCUCUUUCAAGUUCUGCUUCGAACUCUCAAUCAGGUAGCAUUGAAACAUGGAGUCUCAAUUCCAACAGUUGCUGUAAAAUACGUCCUAGACCAGCCAUCUGUGGCAGGGUCAAUGGUGGGUGUCAGACUUGGGUUAUCAGAACAUAUUAAAGACACUACUGCUAUAUUCUCACUCAGACUCGAUGAAGAAGAUGUAAGCAGCAUUAAAGAAGUUUUGGGUAAAGGUAAAGAUCUUAUGAGAGUGAUUGGUGACUGUGGAGAUGAAUAUAGACGUGCAUAAGACAAUCACCGAACAUUUAGCUUGGUGAUAUUUGAGCUUUUCCGUAAAUGGUAGUGGUAACAUAUUGGAUGUUAUAGAUUCAAAUCUUGUUCGAACACUAUGUUGCUAUUUUUGGUCGCUUGUGCAAACUUUCUCUACGGUGUCAGUCAUUUCAUAGCUACCUAGGGUCUAAACAAAGUUGUUCACAUGUACAAUGUUGUUGUUUGAUGUAUUAAAGUAUUAUAGAUAUAACAGGAUGAGAAAGUUGUUAA